AUGCUUUGGUUCAUUGGUGCUUGCAAGGAGCCUGUAAUGGUGAUAGUUACAGAGCUUCUUCAAGGCGGUACACUGCGUAAAUAUCUGUUAAACUUGAGACCCGCGUGUUUGGAGACCCGCGUAGCCAUCGGUUUUGCGCUCGACAUUGCUCGUGGCAUGGAAUGCUUGCAUUCCCAUGGGAUUAUUCACCGUGAUCUCAAACCCGAAAAUUUGCUUUUAACUGCAGACCACAAAACAGUAAAACUAGCAGACUUUGGAUUAGCAAGAGAAGAGUCACUUACUGAGAUGAUGACGGCUGAGACCGGAACAUACCGUUGGAUGGCUCCUGAGUUGUACAGCACGGUUACUCUACGAUUAGGAGAGAAGAAGCAUUACAACCAUAAAGUCGACGCAUAUAGCUUUGCAAUCGUUCUCUGGGAGCUUUUACACAAUAAACUGCCUUUUGAGGGAAUGUCUAAUCUUCAAGCUGCAUAUGCAGCAGCCUUUAAAAAUGUGAGGCCAAGCGCUGAGAGCUUACCCGAGGAUUUGGGCAACAUUGUAACAUCUUGCUGGAAUGAGGAUCCGAAUGCUCGACCAAACUUCACUCAGAUCAUUCAGUUACUACUUAACUAUCUAUCCAAGGUUGGAUCUCCGGUAUCCGCGAUUCCCCAGCGGAUUCUUGCUUCUAAGAACAUGUUAUUGCCACCGGAUUCUCCUGGAACUAGCUCUUUGAUGGCUACGAAGCUGGAUGAAUGUGGUGAAACUCCAAAGGGUAAAAAUGAAGACAAACGAAAAGGUUUGUUUUUCUGCUUCAAUCAAUGUUAUUAACCUUUUGAUCACAGAGAGAAAAACAGUUUUUGUUUUCUUCUGGAUUAGGACCAGAGAUUUGGUAGACAUUACUCAAAUUAAUGAUGUAAUAACAUCAUUCCCACCUCAUAUAAAUUCCAUAUGAGAUUAAAAAUAUAAAUAAGCAGCUAUGUAAUUGUGAUAAAUUAAAAGUAGAAAUAAAGAAAAAUGUAUCCUAAAGAGGUUCGUGUUCCUCGU